GAGAUAUGAGAAUGACCUUGGGAGACAGGAGGAAAAGCUGCAGCCUAGACAUGCAAAAGAUAUCUCAGCCCACAGAAGGAACGUGGGUGUGGGGAACAUCAGAGGGACCCUCCUUAGUUUUCUGAAAAGUAUAAAUAUAUUCCAUAGUGUAUGCAUGGAGUUUUAAGAAGUCUUUGAUCCAAAAUAACUCUAAAAAUGGAAACCUCAUCUUUGCUGUCAUCUUUACAGGAUGAAUGCAGAUCCGACAACUACCUUGAGCCACACUACAAGGAAUGUUACAGACUUGCCAUUGAUGUGUUAAUUGAAAGUGGUUCAGAGGCUUACCAAGAAUUUCUUGCUAAGGAAAGAUGUUCUGAGUUCCUGGCAGAAAAUGAGAUUAAUUAUAUAUUAAACACUGUUCAGAAAAUCCCCCCAAACACAGUUUAUGCUAUUGACAACAGUGUAGAUGAUGCCUCUUCCUCAGGAACAUACUGGCCUAUGGAAUCAGAUGUGGAAGCACCUAAUCUUGACUUGGGCUGGCCUUACGUAAUGCCUGGAAUUUCUGGUGUUACAAAUAUUGAGCUUCUUUUCCACCCACCACGAAUACAACCCUUUACAAUAAAAGAAACCAUUAGAAAGAUGAUCAAAGAAGCAAGAAAGGUUAUUGCCAUAGUUAUGGAUAUAUUUACAGAUGUAGAUAUUUUCAAAGAAAUUGUAGAAGCAUCCACCAGAGGAAUUUCAGUCUAUCUCCUACUAGAUGAAUCAAACUUCAGCCAUUUUCUUAAAAUGACAGAGAAACAAGGUUGCCAAGUUCAAAGGCUCAGGAACAUGAGAGUACGUACUGUAAAAGGGCAAGAUUAUUUCUCCAAGUCAGGGGCAAAAUUUCAUGGAAAAAUGGAGCAAAAGUUUCUUCUUGUUGACUGUAAGAAAGUUAUGUAUGGUACCUAUAGCUUUAUGUGGUCAUUUGAAAAAGCCAAUCUCAGUAUGGUCCAGAUAAUCACAGGACAGCUUGUUGAAUCCUUUGAUGAAGAAUUUAGGACACUGUAUGCCCGUUCUUCUGUUCCCAGUUCAUUUGCUCCAGAAUUAGUUAGAAUCAAUAACUGCCGAGCCCUCUGGGAAAAUGAAGCCUACCAGCACUCACGUUCUUCUUUAGCUUCCAUUUCUAGUCGGCAUAACCUUUCCAGGUGGCAAGACAAAGUUCAUAAUUUUGAUCCCACCGUUCUGAAGACACGAGGUACUGCUAGAUAUGGAAUAAAUGAAAAUGACCAGUUCAAUCCUAGAAAUCAUCUACUUCACAAACCUCAAUUUGCACCAGGUUUCCAUAUGCAGAAUAGGAUACAGCAAUAUCAGCCCAAUGAAGUAAAUGAAAAUUGGAAAAGGCACAGUUAUGCAGGGGAGAAGCCAGAAAGGACUCCUUAUUUGAUGCUCAAUAGAACAACUAAUCGAGCAAAUAAUCCAUCAAACCUUUGGAGAGUACCAUCUGAUAGUCUCAGUAUUGUGUCUUCGUUGCACGGAAGCCAUACCAAUCACAAGGUGCCACAACAGAGCUUAGCUGACCGAUUUCCACAGCCAAAGCUCAAUAUUGCAGACAGGAACUCAAUUGUACGGAGAUCUUUCAAUGGCACUGACAGUCAUAUCCGUUUUCUCCAGCAGAGAAUGCCAACCCUUGAGCGCACCACAAAAUCUUUUCUACGUAAUUGGCGCAUUGAAUCAUAUUUAAACGAUCAGUCAGAUUUCCCUGUGGAUUCAAACGGUUCAGGGGUAGGAGAUAGGCCUGAGAGUUAUGAUGCAGCAGAUAAUAUCAAGGCGCAUGCCCUUUAUGCCCAUUCUCGGCUUCGCUCCUCAUUUGUUUUCAAGCCCACACUGCCAGAACAGAAAGAAGUAAACAGCUGUGCAAGUUCUUCCAAUUCAACGAUCAUUGGUUCAGAAGGCAGUGAAACACCUAAAGCAACCCCCAAUCAUAACCUUAAACAGAAAGAUGAAAAUGAUGACCCUAAAGCUGAACCAAGCCCUUGCAUUCCACUGGAGCCUGAUAUAGUAAAAAAUCGUAACUUGCAGAUUUCAGAAGAUAUAAAACCAAGUGCAGCACUACCUGUUGCUAAGGAGAAACCUCCUUAUCUGUAUUCAUCUCUAAACAGAAGCAAGCCAGGAGAAUUUCAAAAGAAUCAUCAAAAUGAAAAUAUAUUGAAAAGGCGAAGUUUUCCUAUGUUUGAUCAUUCAAAUUCUAUUAUGGGUCAGGGAGACAGCAAAGAGGCAUCCAGUUAUGUCUACAGUACAUUAAAUAGGAAUAGAUUUAAGCAUCCAAAGCCACCUGCAGAGGAUAUCUGUAAAAACUUGAAAAGCUUACACAAUAUGGAAAAUCAUGUGUCAGAUAAGGAUAAAAACCAUGGAGUCGAACCAAAAGGCUCACCUACUGCCAAGGCUGUUUCUGUAGCUGCACUAGUUGAAUCUAGCAAAGAAGAACCUAAUAAAGAUGUCUCAUCAAAGAAAGAAAACAAGAAUUCCCCAAAUUUCCUGAAAAAGGGAUCACAGAAACUAAGAUCUUUGUUGAAUCUUACACCAGAAAAGAAGGAAAAUUUGUCCAAAAACAAAAGUCCUGCUUUUUAUAGAAUGUGUAGCAGUUCUGACACUUUGACAUCAGAAUGUGACGAAAAUCAAAAGCCCAAAACCUCUGAAACAAAGACGGAUUGUUCUCCAAGAAGAAAAAGAACCUCCUCCUCCAAUUCACAAGGAAGCCUACAUAAGAGUAAAGAAGAUAUUGCCAUCAGGCCUAAAUCUCCCAAGCCUCCUAAGCCUCCCAAAUCUCCCAAGGCCCCAAAGUCUCCCAAACCUCCGAAAGCGCCAUCUGAUGAAAAUGCUAAAAGGGGUCCUACUGGGAAACCCUUGGAAAGCAUCCUGUUAGAAGUGCCUCCUGGCGACCCAUCUGCCCCCAGAUUUAACACAGAACAAAUUCAGUACCAAGAUGUCAGAGAGUUGCAUGCAAAUGCAAUUCGUGAACGAGUAGCCGUGCCUGCUUCUCCAGCAAUCCCUCCGCAAAGGAUGGGUGGCCCAAGUUCUCACCUGCCCAGCCCAAAGCCUCACGAGGAGCUAAUAAGGCCUCGCUUCAGUGAAAGGCGGGUUUACAGUCGCUUUGAACCAUUCUGCAAAAUGGAAAACUCAGCUCAGCCAAUGAGCAACGCAACCAAAGCCAGCGGUCAUUUGCCAGAAGGAAAUAGCAAGAUCACCCAUAAUAAUUAUGGAAGGAGAAAUCAGGUGCUUAGUUACAAUCCUGGUUUAUAUCACCCAUUGCAUCCAAACGAAAAUAAGUUUCGAGGAAUUAUGCAAAAGUUUGGGAAUUUUUUGUAUAAAAACAAGUGAAACUUGGCUAGGGGGUCUUUUAAAAACCCUUCAUUGUUAUAAAUAUCUAACAAAUUAGACUGAUGGGCAGCUUUCAUAAAGCUUAACGGUAAUAUUGCAGAGCACUGCCAUAUAUGUAUAUAAUAACCAUUCCAAAACAUUGGCUGGAUGGAAGUUUUGGAAUUGGGUUUUUAUGUAUUUGUACAUUAAAUUUGAGAUUUGCUCAAAUUCAUUUCGAUACUGCGUAUUUUAAAAAUUAAAAAAAAUGAUGUAACAAGCCAAAGAAAAUAUUUGAACUCCAAUCAUAACAAGACCACUUAUUUCACAAUAUCUCUCCCUUUUUCAUAAUAAAUCCUCAUUUGUUACUCAUCACACAGGCUAUUUGCUUUUCAGUUUUUCCUUCUCGAAAGGUAAUGUGUAACAUUGUACAUAAUAUAUUAUUUUUUGUAUUGGAAAUGCAGAAUUAUUCUCUCUUAGCUCAGAUUUUCAGUAGCAACCACAUGUACAUCACAUGCAAACUCACCAAUUAUGGAUUAGUUUUAUCUUAUAAAUCAAGCCACCUUGACUUUUUCCAUAAAUCAUUAAAAAUGUGCCUUAAUAUCUUAUGUAAAUACUGAUGGGUGCUCAGGAAAUUGUCAUGGCCUUGCCAUUUUAUCUCUUCUUUCAUGUAUAUUCCCUAUUUCCUGAUGUUCUCUAACCAUAGUUGCCACUUUGGGAACUAAUAAUUUCUGAUGCAGGGGUAUCAAACUGCCGGCCCAUGGGCCAGACGUGUCAUUGGGAAACCACACCCACCCCAUUGCCAGCAAUGGUGAAAAAGCUUCGAUACAUUGCACGACAUCACGUGACGUUGCGAGUUUGACAUGUCUGUUCUAAUGCCUCAAAAUAUGGCUUUCAAGUUUCAAACAAGUUAAGCACAAUUGGUCAUUUUACAAAUCACUACUAAACUAGUGUUAAGAAAAUAGGAAGUUAGGAAAGAAAUCCACAUGCAAAGAGGAAGUAACUUCCAACUCAUCUCCAAACAAGAUUCUUAGGCUUACACAAUUGUUUCAUUAAAUCUGGAUAUGGUGCAACUUAUUUAAUUAUUCUCGUUGCCUUUUCCUAUUUAUGUAUUUUAUGUAAUGAAAGGCAGAGUUGUUUUAUCUUCUACAGCCCCAUAGUGAUAAGACAGGUAUGCCACUUGUAAUGGAUGACCCAAGAUCUCUGUCUUAAUGAACUAGUGAUGCUAUUGCUGCUAUCGGCUUCUUAAAAAGUCCUGAUUUUAGAAGGUCUUGCGAGCAUAGAAUUUUUUCUGCUUUUAUAAUGACACAAUUUUAUGAUCACUGGGCUUGGCAAAAAUAAGGUAUUUUAGAAAAUGAUUCUUUUAAUUUAAAGUGGGUGACUAUAGAGUCUUCUAAGGAUAGAAGAUAAGCCAGAAUGCUGGAUGCUUUGGCAACAUAAGUGGGACAGGAUUGGUUUUUACUAUAAUAAUCUCAACUCCCCUGAGGCUUUUAUAUGUUCCUGUGUCCAUGAAUAUGAGUGUAAAGUUCAGUGGUAUUCAAAUCUGAGUAAAUCUUACACUUGUUUGCAGAUGGAUGAGUUAUAGCAGAGAUUGUAAUCACAAAGUCCACUGAUGAGUUAAUUGAAACAUAAAAAAAUCUUAAUUUUUAAAAUGGCAUGUUGCAUUUUUGCACUGAGGCAUUAAAAACAGGGUCUUCAAUACCUCAGAGCUUUUAACAAUUUACAUAUUGAUUAACAACUUACACAUUUAUAUUAAAAUAUUUUGUAAUUAAAGUAUUUUAUUUAAUCCAGUACUAUGCCAAUAUUGAUACAGUUCCUCUGAAGUUCAAAAACACAUGGGAGAAAAAUGGUCAUAUAAGUUUCUGAUAAAAAGAGCCAGAGUUCUUUUAAUAAAUG